ACAAUACAAAAACAUAGUUUAGAUUAUGUCAUUAUUUGUCAAAUUUUUUAGCAGUACAUGAAAACCUUAUUUUUUUAAAAUGCCCAAGAAGAAGUGUUGUAAUCGUAAGAAGAAAAAAGUAUUUAAACCAGUAAAAACAUUUCGAUAUUUACCAGGUUCAGUGUCUAAUGAAGUAAAUUAUGACGAUUUACAUACUUACAAUUGUCAUCGUUAUCGAGUUCUAACGUGUCAUGAAGUUGUUGAUACAAAACCAUUUAGUAUAAAUCCUUUUCGUAUGUUGCCGAGACGUAAAAUGGUAGAAGAUCUGUUUCAGUCUGAGUCAAUAGAUAAGAAGAAUAAACAUCUGCUUUAUAAAAUUAACUUUAUUAAUCGAAAUGGCGGAUGGGUCGAUUGUUACAAUCCUUGGGCUUAUUGGAGAAAAAAUGAUUGGCUAAGCUAUGAACAAAAGAUGAAAGGUUAUGAAAAAGAGAAUAAAAUAAUACACAAGACAAUAUUAAGUUCAGAGUCUCAUUAUUCAAAAUCGGAAAUGGACAAAAGAUGGAAAAAAGUUAUGUUUAACUUUUCGCACAGUUCUAAAUUUCCUCUAGUUAUUACAUUAAAAGUAGAUCAUGAUGCAAUUUUAAAGUCCCAACCAUCUAUUAGUGAAGAUCUGUGCAUAUGUACUUCAAAAUGUCUUAGAACAAACCGUCCAAAGUGUUUUUUGGAGUUUAGUGUUAAAGACGGAGAAUAUUUAGGUAAAAUAAUUAUUGAAUUAUAUUUUGACUUCGUACCGGUCACUGUACAAAACUUCAUGGAAAUAUGUGAAGGAAAAAAAUUAACGUAUAAGAAUUGCUUGGUACACCGAAUAGUUAGGGGUCAGUACAUGGAAUCGGGAGAUAUUACACUUUGUACAGGUCGAGGUGGUACUUCCAUAUAUGGUAAAACAUUUUCGGAGGAAAAUCAUCUUUUAAAACAUUCUAAAGCAGGUGUGCUCUCUAUGAAACGAUUACCUCCCACCGAUAAUAAUUCCCAAUUUAUCAUAACUUUUGCAAAAAUGGAGCAAAUGGAUCAUAAAAAUGUGGUAUUUGGAAAGAUCAUUAAGGGAUAUGCGAAUUUACUGAAAGUUCAAGAUUAUGGGCGCAAAAUAGGAAAACCCUAUGUUGAUAUUAUUAUCUGUAAUUGUGGAUUAGUUAAUACAUGAAUUUUAGAUCAAUUUAUAUUGCUACUUAUGAUCAUCAAAUUGGAUAACGAAAUAAAAAAAGUAAUAAAAGUUUUGUAGUAUAUUUCAGCCAGUCGCAAUCAGAUUAUAGUGUAAACCAGCGAUUCUCAACCUGUGGGGCGCGCCCCACUAAGGGGGCGCGCUUUUAGUAAUGGGGGGGCGUGAGCAUAUAAAAAAAUACACCAACAUCAUUAACUAAUUUACUAAAAUCAAAGCAAAACAAAAUUCUGACAAAAUAAAAAAUAAAAUACACAUGAACACUGAAUAGGAGUUAUAAUCAUAAAGAGCACUCAAUACUAAAAAGUAAGAUUUACUGUUUUUUGUCAAAAUUAUUGAACGAGGGGGCGCGGUGAAAAUAAUUAUGGAAGAUUGGGUCGCAAAGGGUAAAAGGUUGAGAAACGCUGGUGUAAACUGUAGUUUGUGUUGGGUAAAUGUCUUGUUACUUAUUAAAGUCGAUGUCAUUGUAUAAAAAUAUUACAAAGAGACGCUUUUGAAUCCGAACUUUAGCUGCCCAACAUGUAAAUUUAGUAUAUUAUAAGUAAAAACUUCUUAAUACGUAAAAAUAUAUAUUAUAGAGGAGCGUAUAUUAACCCUCCGUUACUCGCACACGGUGUAUGAGACCGGGCCUCUAAAUAACUGCCUGUAACUCUGAUUGUAGUGCAUAUUUUCAAUUGCUGCUGCAUAUACUUCUUCAGUCAUCAGUCAACUGUGUGUGAAGUUUAAGUGCAGUGUAAAAAAGAGUAUUGUACUUUUAUUAUUAGGCAAGACCUAUUAAUUAGUCAGGUAAUUAAAAGUAGUAAGUUUUAAUUAGUCAGGUAAUUUAAGGUCUUUUUCUUAUUUUUAAUGUUUAUAUAUUUGUUUAUUUAUAUUUAGAUAUGGAUUACGAGAAGGAGAAGCAAAGAUUAUUAAAAUUAUUUGAGGAAGUAUCGACUGACGAGGAAACGUAUGAAGAUGAUGAUUAACAAAAUUACUUUUUGUUAAAGUAAUAUAAUGUUGACACAAACGCAUAUUUACACAGUUAUAUGAUCAUAUAUUCAUUAAAUAAUAUAAUUGUACAAAAUUUUGCAAAAAAAAAUUUUUUUCAAAUAUUGCUGACCCAUAUUUUUGGACCCGGUCUUCUGCACCGUGCGCGAGUAUUCGAUCACAAGUAUUCGAUCGUUAAGGUGGAUAGGUUAUCUUCGAAACCGAAACUAAUUACCUACUGUAUAUAAGACACUUUUUUAUGUAAACUGUUCUGAAAUUGUUAAUUAAAACUUAUACUUUGCAUAAAUAAAUUCCUUUAUCUUUAA